AUGGCAGAGCCUGUCUCUCUCGAGGCCUCGCGUGCAGGCCCAACUUUAUGGGACCGCGUGUCGACUUGGGUUUCGGAGCACAAGGCAAUCGCAUAUACAAUUGCCGGAGCUGUUGUCGUCAUUACCAGCGCCGGGGCAAUCUACUACUUUUCUGGUCAAAGAGGAGUCGCACCGCCUGCGCCUACAGAAAAGAGGAAAAGCAAAAAGGAACGUCGGAAAGAAAAAAAAGCUGCCGAGGAAGCUCAAAAGUCUGGCAUCGGCCUCAAAGACGGGGAAGCUGGAACAGGACCCAAACCAGCGACCGUCGAGACCGAAGACGAACUACCAGAAAUCAAUGAAGCUACGGUGGAAAGCUUCUCACCUGAGGAAAGGACAACAUCUGCUGGCAAACUGAAAGCCGCGGGCAACAAAGCCUACGGCUCGAAAGAUUACAAUAAGGCGAUAGAGCUUUACGGGAAAGCAAUUCUCUGCAAACCUGACCCAGUCUACUAUUCCAACAGAGCCGCUUGCUACAAUGCCCUCAGCGAUUGGGACAAAGUCCUCGAAGAUACGACUGCCGCCAUUUCGAUGAAUCCAGAGUACGUCAAAGCCUUGAAUCGUCGAGCCCAUGCAUAUGAACAUCUGGGAAUGUUUUCGGAAGCCCUCCUGGACUACACGGCGAGUUGCAUCAUCGAUGGUUUCAAAGAUGACAAGAGUGCCCAGAGCGUCGAACGAUUAUUGAAAAAAGUGGCUGAAAAAAGGGCAAAGACGAUUCUCGCGAGCAAGAAGAACAAACUUCCGGGGGCCACAUUCGUCUCCAAUUACCUCCAGAGCUUCCGUCCGCGACCGCCCCCGCCCGGACUGGAAGAAUCGGCUGAAUUGGACGAGAACACAGGAAAAGGCCAGCUUCAGCGUGGACUUAUUUCUAUGAGCAAGAAAACAGCCGAAGGCUAUGAUCAAGCUGCCGCUGCGUUUAAGAAGGCCGUAGAGCUUGGAGAUCUUGGUGAACAUGAGGCGUUUGCUCUUAACAUGCGGGCCACUUUCUUGUAUCUCGAGGGCGAUACGUCGAGCGCACUGGAAGAUCUGACUAAAGCAGUGGAAUCACAGCCAUCUCUGACGCAGGCCUACAUCAAGCGCGCGAGCAUGCAGUUAGAGCUGGGUAACAAAGACCUGGCUGCAGAAGACUUUGAGAAAGCGAUGGCACAGAACAAGGAUGAUCCAGAUAUUUUCUACCACCGAGCUCAACUCCACUUCAUUCUAGCCGAAUUCGCGGAAGCUGCAAAGGACUAUCAGAAAUCGAUCGACCUUGAUAAAGACUUCAUCUAUUCACACAUUCAGCUCGGUGUGACACAGUACAAAUUGGGCUCCGUUGCGUCGUCAAUGGCAACAUUCCGGAAAUGUAUCAAGAAUUUCGACAAGGUGCCUGAUGCCUACAACUAUCAUGGCGAGCUAUUGCUGGACCAACAAAAGUAUCCGGAAGCCAUCGAGAGAUUUGAGACGGCCAUCGACCUUGAACGACAAACGAAGCCGACAGGAGCCAUCAAUGUGCUCCCGUUGAUCAACAAAGCUCUAGCCCUUUUCCAGUGGAAGCAGGACUUCAAAGCAGCCGAGGAGCUGUGCGAAAAAGCACUCAUCCUUGACCCUGAAUGUGACAUUGCGGUAGCCACAAUGGCCCAACUUCUUCUCCAGCAAGGCAAAGUUGUCAAAGCUCUCGAAUAUUUCGAGCGUGCUGCGGAGCUCUCUAGAACCGAGAACGAGAUUGUUACCGCGCUUUCAUACGCAGAAGCCACACGAACCCAACUCGAAGUCUCACAAAAGUAUCCUCAAUUGGCGGCCCGUCUCCAGCAAGUCGAAGGGGCCGGACUCGGCGGACCUCAAUUGAGAUAG